ACUGGCAGGACCCAUCUAUACUAGCCUUAAACCCACUAUUUGAUAUGGUUGUUAAUGGCCUGGUUCUUAUUCUUUAAGUCCUGGGUAUGGUCUAAUUUCCAUUCUCCUGCCACCCCCACCCCCUGGUCCAUUAUGAAUUCUAGAUAAGCUCGGGUCCUCUCUUGGGUUAGUUUAUUUGUUCCAUUCAGGGCACAGAGAGCUCUGAACCAGCAACUCACUCUUUCUCCCCUCACCUCCACAGGCUUGAGAAUACGCUGUUCCUCCCUCCCCUUUGCACCAUGGACCCCACACUGUGGCCUUUCUUUCAGGUCCUCUGAGAUUGGUACCCAGGCAAGGCACAAUGCCCCUGUUCCCGACGACAAGACUGCCUAGCCCCUAUGGCUCUGAUCGGCUGGUACGGCUAGCAGCCAGGCUCCGGCCAGCACUAUGUGAUACCUUGAUCACUGUGGAAAGCCAAGAAUUCCCUGCCCACAGCCUGGUCCUGGCAGGUGUGAGCCAGCAGCUGGGCCGCAGGGGCCGCUGGGCUCUGGUGAAAGGCAUCAGCCCUUCUACCUUUGCCCAGCUUCUGUACUUUGUUUAUGGAGAGAGUGUAGAACUGCAGCCUGGGGAACUGGGACCCCUUGAGGAAGCGGCCAGAACCUUGGGGGUGCAGUCCCUGGAAGAGGCAUGCAGGAGGGCUCGACGGGACAGGGCUAGAGAACUGGGUCCAGGGCUCAAGGAACAUCAGGAGGAGCCAGAGAACCCCACAAGGGAUUCUGAGAGAGGACUGGAGGGACAUGGAGAGCAGAGACCAGAGAAAUUUAUUAGAGCUGGUUGGAGAGAACGAGAGAUACUGCAUGAGCAAAGGCCAUCAAGAGAGACCCCUGAGAUAGCAGAGGCAAUGCAGGAGGGUGCGGGGGAGCAGAUGAGAUCAAAGGAAAAACUCAAGCAAUCCCCUAUUGGCCAUGGGGGAACAGAUGGGAAGCAAGAAGUGAUUAUGUGGGUGACGGAGAGUCCAAGGGGCUCUGAGGAAAGUCUGCGGGAGUUCUCUGGCCACCGUCCCCCACCAGGUUCCCUCCAAACAAGCGUCAUUCCUAGGCCCUGGUCGGCUGAGGCCCCUUGGUUGGGGGAGGGCCAGCCUGCCCUGUGGAGCAUCCUGCUGUUGCCACCCAGAUAUGGCACUCCCUUCUCCCAUAGCACCCCCAUCACUGGAGCCUGGCAGGAGGUCUGGCCUCGAGACCAGAGGAUCCCACUGUCCCUGAACCCUGAGAAAGGUCUCUGGAACCAGAACCAGUUGGCCAACUCCAGUCCUGCCCCAGGUUCCCUCCCCCAGAGCCCCACAAAGUUCAUCCCUGGGGAGAUGGAAGAGUCUGAUCAGAGGCACACAGGUGCACUUGCAACCUGUGUGGGUCAUGUGAGUACAGCAGGCCCAUCCCACCAACAACCUCCCCCACCCCCACCUGCCCGGUCUCGGCCCUAUUCUUGUUCUGUCUGUGGGAAAAGGUUCUCACUCAAGCAUCAGAUGGAGACUCACUACCGAGUCCACACAGGAGAGAAGCCCUUCUCCUGUAGCCUCUGCCCCCAGCGCUCCCGGGACUUCUCAGCCAUGACCAAGCACCUGCGGACGCAUGGGGCCGCACCCUACCGCUGCCCUCUGUGCCGGGCCGGCUGUCCCAGCCUGGCCUCCAUGCAGGCGCACAUGCGCGGCCACUCGCCGAGCCAGCUCCCACCUGGAUGGACCAUUCGCUCCACCUUCCUCUACUCCUCCUCUUCGAGGCCGUCCCGGGCCUCGACCUCUCCCUGUGGGUCCCCUUCCUCCACCACCUGACGGUGUUGGUAGCUUCUUUGGCUUCAGCCAACAAUACAAUUAAAGAAUGAAA